AUGAUACUUGUAAACACUUUUAUCACAAGCAUAAUAAUAUGUUUAUUAAAAUGUAAUGCUGAACCAUUAAUAGCUCAAAAAGAAACAGAUAAUGGUUAUUUUCCAAAAUCCACAGAUGAUCCGCGACUGAUCGAACUACAAAAGAAGAUUUGCUGGCAAAGCAAGUUCUCGAAUGAGAUAACCGGAGGAUUGAAGGUUUUUACUAGCUUGAUGCACCAAAAUAUUCUUUCUGAUUUGGGUAAUGAGAGGGAAUAUAUUGUUAAACAACUGAAAAAAAAACUGGAAGACUAUGGUAAAGAAUUAUCUACUGUUCUCAAAGAUAAUAGUAGCCAUCCUGGAAUAUCUAUCUCCGUUGUUGAGAAGCAUAUGCCUGCAAUCAAUAACUAUUUUGACAUUCGUGUUAGAGCUAACAAUCACUUCAAUGUUGGCAAGACCGAUGGUUUGGAAAACGAAAUGAAGGGAAAAAUUAAUGUUCAGCACAGUAUUAAACAAGAUCAAACGCCAGAAGUCAAUAAGGCAGACGAAUUGCAGGCUGCCGAUCCCAAUCUUGUAAAAACACUGGACAAAAAUAUUAAAGAAGCAUUUGGAUCAACUCUGGAACAAUUGAAAGAGCUGAACGAGCAAAUACUUCGAACAGAACCAAGCAUCUCAAAGACUGCUGACGAGGAAAAGAAGGUUGAGUGCCUGUCGAAUAACCUCGCUAGCGUGUUAGCUAAAUUUGAAAAUGAUUGUCAGGAUUAUCUUUCGAACGAAUUUACUUAUCUUAAGAGCAAUAUAACAAGGCGGUAUGAGACCUUUAAUACACAGAUGGACCAUGUUGUUCGAAGCAAGGUAUCAAGCUUGGUGCAAUCCAAUGAAAAUUUCUCUUCCGAAUUUGAAUCAGAUGGUCAAAUCCGAUUCUACGUAUCACAAACUAGUAUUGAUACUAAACCCGAGUCAUUUAACGAAAAGAUUUUUACACCUUGGUACGAUUUUAACUCAAGCGGCGACAUCAAUGUUCAGGGAACAAAAAAGACACUGGAUACAUUCCUAGAUGAUCUUUAUAGGUCAAAGAAGUUUUCGUCAGACGAUUUCGACCAAUCAUACGUGUAUUUUGAAUCUAAAGGAAAUCUUGUUUUUAAGACUACAUUAAUGGAAUAUUUCCGAGUUGUAUCCUUCGGAUAUAUUUCAUUAUCACCAUAUAAUUUGAGUGAAUAUAACUACAAGCGUCGGUCAACCAACGGCAAGAACGAACGUGAAACAAAGUACAAGUUCAGCUCAACAGGAUUUCUUGGUUUUGUUGUGGAUGAUGCUACGAAAUCUAUUGAAAUAGGUUCAGAGGUGGUUUGCAAAGACAAAGAUUCUGAUAUAAUAUGGUAUAGCUUUACAUCAGACGGUUCGAUCGAAAUUGCUUGCUAGUUAUUAAAGUAGUUCAAAGUUUCA